AUGCGUCGCCAGAGGGAUCAAGAUUUGCUUCUCUUGAAGCAAAGUGAGGUUGGCGUGUACGAGAACAUGCGGAAAAUGAAGCUCUUACUCGAUGACAAAGUCGAGGCUGUCGUUGAUAGGCUACACGCGCUGGGUAAUCUCGAGAAGCGAGUGGUAGCCAUUGAUGAGUCCCAGAUACAACUCGAAAGCAAGUUCGACGAGUUCGAACGUAGCCGAAGGUUCCAGUCGGCCUCAAUCACACCCGUACAGGAACUCACGAUUGCGCAGACGAUCGACGAGCAGCCCGUCCGCUUGGAAAAGCAGAUGUAUUCUUUCUCGUGGAGCCUCCGUAUUAUAUUGGUCCCACACAAAAUGCAGCGAUUUGCUUUUGACUACGACAGCGUCGCCAACAAACGCUGCCAAUCGCGUAAUUUUCAGCAAGACCUAAAAUUCUCUGACCGCGAAUGCGAGUCAUUCGUUCGAGCCGUAGAGAUUGCUUACUGUUCUGUUCUUCACGGUCGCUCGUGGGUUCCGUUGGCCGGACACCGAUCAACCGAACCUCAGCAUUUUGGCCGCAUGGAACUGAACCAGCUGGCAGCUGAAUACUGCUCGGCCGACCUAUGGAAUCAUUCUUUUCUCGAUCACCACUGUGUUGCACACGAUAAGCUGGCCGGCGACGUUUUGUACAUCGCUUUGCAGAAUGUGGACCUGACGUGGGAAGAAAUCAGGCAAUUACCGAAGCUCUUCGGAUCCGACGAAUCCUGCUGGGCGCACGACGAAGAGCUAGAUGGAAAGAUACGGGGCUUCUCCAACGGCAUGGACACGAAGAUGACGUACGGUUACUUGGACCCUCCGCCCUCGUACACAGGCGCUCACUGCGACAUCGACAGGCUUGCAUCACCUCUCGAUGUCCUCACUACCGCCUCGGCGCCCUAUCACCCCCUGGAUGCGCUUCGCUAUCCAUCUACCUAUUCCGGCUCUACACUGAUCGCGCCUGACCAGGUGACACUAUCCGACCAGUCCGGUAUGUCAGUGAGGAGUUUCAACACCGAGAUAUCCGACGACGAGCAUGUGGGCAAGAAGCCCAAACUACGCACAAAGGCCUCGGCACCGGCUUUGCGACCUUCCACGGCUUCGAGCUCCGGUUCUCAAACUGUCUACGUCUCUGGCCGCUCGAAGAGGAAGAUGACGGUUAGGGAGAAGGACAAGCAGCCCGGACGGUCGUUUGCGGAUUGGAAAGCGCCUAAGAUCAAUAGUCUACUUCACCGACACGAUGCGAAAGAUAGAUCUACUGAGGCGUCGUAG